AUGGCAGCUCGGCGGCGGCGGCGGCGGCGGCGGGGGACAGGCGGCAGCCGGGCGCGAGCACUGAAUGAAGCUGAAAGAGUUAAUCAUGGCAAAACAGCUACAGAAGACCCUCCACCUGCAAAGAAAAUUCGAAAAUGCCAGAAGAUGAAAAAGGAGCCUGUGGCUGGAGGAAAGGCUGAUAAUGACAGGAUGGAAAACAAGCAAGGUCAGCUCCCCAACAUACAUAGGCCAGGGAGCACCUGGGCCAGCAAGGGGUCUCUGGGAGGGUCUGUGAAGACCUUGCUGUUAAAGGGCAAAGCUCCAGUGGACCCAGAGUGCACAGCCAAGGUGGGGAAGGCCCAUGUAUACUGUGAAGGAAAUGAUGUCUAUGAUGUCAUGCUAAAUCAGACCAAUCUCCAGUUCAACAACAACAAGUAUUAUCUGAUCCAGCUGUUAGAAGAUGAUGCACAGAGGAACUUCAGUGUUUGGAUGAGAUGGGGCCGAGUUGGGAAAAUGGGGCAGCACAGCUUGGUGGCUUGUUCUGGGGACCUCAGCAAGGCCAAGGAAAUCUUUCAAAAGAAAUUCCUUGACAAAACAAAAAAUAAUUGGGAGGAUCGUGAGAAGUUUGAGAAGGUGCCUGGAAAAUAUGAUAUGCUACAAAUGGACUAUACCACCAAAACUCAGAGUGAAGAGGAAACAAAUAAAGGUGAAUCUCUCAAAUCCCCCCUGAAACCAGAGUCACAGCUAGAUCUUCGUGUACAGGAGCUGAUAAAGUUGAUCUGUAAUGUCCAGGCCAUGGAAGAGAUGAUGGUAGAAAUGAAAUACGAUACCAAGAAAGCCCCACUUGGGAAGCUGACAGUGGCACAAAUCAAGGCAGGUUACCAGUCUCUUAAGAAGAUUGAGGAUUGUAUUCGGACUGGCCAGCAUGGACGAGCUCUCAUUGAAGCAUGCAAUGAAUUCUACACCAGAAUACCACAUGACUUUGGACUCCGUACCCCUCCAUUAAUCCGGACAGAGAAAGAACUGUCAGACAAAGUACAGCUACUAGAGGCUUUGGGAGACAUUGAAAUUGCCAUUAAACUGGUGAGGACAGAACUGCAAAGCCCAGAACACCCACUGGACCAACACUAUAGAAAACUACAUUGUGCUUUGCACCCUUUAGACCAUGAGAGUUAUGAGUUCAAAGUGAUUUCCCAGUACCUACAGUCUACACAUGCUCCCACACACAGUGACUAUACCAUGACCUUGCUGGACGUUUUUCAAGUAGAGAAGGAGGGUGAGAAAGAAGCCUUCAGAGAGGACCUUCAUAACAGGAUGCUGCUAUGGCAUGGUUCCAGGCUGAGUAACUGGGUGGGAAUCCUGAGCCACGGGCUUCAAAUUGCCCCACCUGAGGCUCCCAUCACAGGUUACAUGUUUGGAAAAGGAAUCUACUUUGCUGACAUGUCUUCCAAGAGUGCCAAUUACUGCUUUGCCACUCGCCUAAAGGAUACUGGACUGCUGCUCCUGUCAGAGGUAGCUCUAGGUCAGUGUAAUGAGCUACUAGGGGCCAAUCCAGAGGCAGAAGGAUUACUUCAGGGCAAACACAGCACCAAGGGGCUAGGCAAGAUGGCUCCCAGUCCUACGUGCGCCAUCACCUUGAAUGGGAGUACAGUGCCCUUAGGACCAGCAAGUGACACAGGAAUUCUGAAUCCAGAGGGUUAUACCCUCAACUACAACGAAUUUAUUGUCUAUAACCCCAACCAGGUCCAUAUGCGAUACCUUCUAAAGGUUCGAUUUAAUUUCCUGCAGCUGUGGUGAAUGUUGAUAUUAAACAAACCAGAGAAAAUAUGGUCUUCAAGCAAGAAAACAGGCAACGUUGUACUUUCGAUUUUCUCAUAUUUUUUGUAAUAAAGACAGUACAAAUCU